AUGAAAGGGUUAUCGGGCAGCCGCAGCCAUCAUCACGGAGUCACCUGCGAUUCAGCCUGUGACUCGCUGUCGCACCACGCGGACCGCAAGCCAUACCUGCUGAGCCCAGUGGAGCACCACCCGGCCGACCACCCCUACUACACUCAGCGGACCUCCUUCCAGGCCGAGUGUGUGGGCCCCUUCAGCGACCCGCUGGCCAGCAGCACCUUCCCGCGGCGGCACUACACCUCGCAGCAGGAGCUGAAGGACGAGUGUGCCCUAGUGCCCCGCACCCUGGCCACCAAGGCCAACCGCAUCCCCGCCAACCUCCUGGACCAGUUUGAGAGGCAGCUGCCUCUCAGCCGGGAUGGCUACCACACUUUGCAAUACAAGCGCACGGCCGUGGAGCACCGCAGCGACAGUCCCGGCCGCAUCCGCCACCUGGUCCACUCGGUCCAGAAGCUCUUCACCAAAUCGCACUCCCUGGAGGGGCCAUCCAAGGGCAGCGUCAACGGGGGCAAGGCCAGCCCAGACGAGACGCAGACCGUGAGGUACGGCAAGCGCAGCAAAAGCAAGGAGCGGCGUCCGGAGCCCAAGCCGCGCAACAACACAUCCCCGGGCUGGUGGAGUUCUGACGACAACCUCGACGGCGACAUGUGCAUCUACCACUCCCCCUCGGGUGUGAUGACCAUGGGCAGGUGCCCCGACCGCUCGGCCUCUCAGUACUUCAUGGAGGCCUACAACACCAUCAGCGAGCAGGCAGUGAAGGCCUCCCGGAGUAACAACGAUGUCAAGUGCUCCACCUGCGCCAACCUGCCCGUUACCCUAGACGCACCGCUGCUCAAGAAGAGUGCCUGGUCCUCCACACUGACCGUGAGUCGAGCCCGAGAGGUUUACCAGAAAGCCUCGGUCAACAUGGACCAGGCCAUGGUGAAGUCAGAGUCGUGUCAACAAGAACGUUCCUGCCAGUACCUUCAGGUCCCUCAGGAUGAAUGGACAGGGUACACCCCUCGAGGUAAAGAUGAUGAAAUCCCCUGCCGAAGAAUGCGGAGCGGCAGCUACAUCAAGGCCAUGGGAGAUGAAGACAGCGGUGACUCGGACACCAGCCCCAAGCCUUCUCCCAAAGUGGCUGCGCGAAGGGAAAGCUAUCUCAAGGCGACUCAGCCAUCCCUCACAGAACUCACCACUCUCAAGAUUUCCAAUGAGCACUCCCCCAAACUCCAGAUCCGGAGUCACAGUUACCUGAGGGCGGUCAGUGAGGUCUCCAUCAACCGAAGCCUCGACAGCCUUGACCCUGCGGGGCUGCUCACGUCUCCGAAGUUCCGCUCCAGGAACGAGAGCUACAUGCGCGCGAUGAGCACCAUCAGCCAGGUAAGCGAGAUGGAGGUGAACGGGCAGUUCGAGUCGGUGUGCGAGUCGGUGUUCAGCGAGCUGGAGUCGCAGGCGGUGGAGGCCCUGGACCUGCCGAUGCCGGGCUGCUUCCGCAUGCGGAGCCACAGCUACGUGAGAGCCAUCGAGAAGGGCUGUUCCCAGGACGACGAGUGCGCGUCGCUGCGGUCCUCCUCCCCACCGCGCACCACCACCACCGUGAGGACCAUCCAGAGCAGCACGGUGUCAUCUUGCAUUACAACAUAUAAGAAGACACCACCUCCAGUCCCACCCAGAACUACCACGAAACCUUUCAUUUCUAUCACAGCCCAGAGUAGCACAGAGUCAGCCCAGGACGCCUACAUGGACGGACAGGGCCAGCGAGGGGAUAUUAUCAGCCAGUCUGGACUGAGCAACUCCACGGAGAGCCUGGACAGUAUGAAGGCUCUGACAGCCGCCAUCGAAGCCGCCAAUGCCCAGAUCCACGGCCCUGCGAGUCAACACAUGGGCAACAACGCUGCCACCGUCACCACCACCACAGCCUUGGCCACCGUCACUGCAGAAGACAGGAAGAAGGACCACUUCAAGAAAAACCGAUGCCUGUCCAUUGGGAUCCAGGUGGAUGAUGCUGAAGAACCUGACAAGACAGGGGGAAAUAAAGCACCCAGUAAGUUCCAGUCCGUAGGAGUGCAAGUAGAAGAAGAGAAAUGCUUCCGCAGGUUCACUCGCUCCAACAGUGUGACGACGGCCGUGCAGGCCGACCUGGACUUCCACGACAACCUGGAAAACUCUCUGGAGUCGAUAGAGGACAAUUCGUGCCCCGGCCCGGUGGCCAGACAGUUCUCCCGGGAUGCCAGCACCUCCACCGUCAGCAUCCAGGGCUCAGGAAACCAUUACCACGCCUGCGCCGUCGACGAGGACUUCGACGCAGACUUCGAUCCUUCCAUUCUGCCGCCCCCGGACCCCUGGAUUGAUUCAAUCACCGAAGACCCCCUGGAGGCCGUGCAGAGAUCAGUGUGCCACCGGGACGGCCACUGGUUUCUGAAGCUUCUCCAGGCGGAGCGGGACCGCAUGGAAGGCUGGUGCCAGCAGAUGGAGAGAGAAGAGCGGGAGAACAACCUUCCUGAGGAGAUUCUAGGGAAAAUCCGAACCGCAGUGGGCAGUGCCCAACUUCUUAUGGCCCAGAAAUUCUACCAGUUCAGAGAACUGUGUGAAGAAAACCUGAAUCCCAAUGCUCAUCCAAGGCCCACCUCUCAGGAUCUGGCGGGGUUCUGGGACAUGCUGCAGUUGUCCAUAGAAAACAUUAGUAUGAAAUUUGAUGAACUUCAUCAGUUAAAGGCCAAUAAUUGGAAACAGAUGGAUCCUCUUGACAAGAAGGAGCGAAGGGCCCCUCCUCCAGUGCCCAAGAAGCCGGCGAAGGGCCCCGCGCCGCUGAUCCGGGAGCGCUCGCUGGAGAGCUCGCAGCGCCAGGAGGCCCGCAAGCGCCUGAUGGCCGCCAAGCGCGCCGCGUCCGUCCGUCAGAACUCGGCCACCGAGAGCGCCGAGAGCAUCGAGAUCUACAUCCCCGAGGCGCAGACCCGGCUUUGA